CUGGUUGCAUCUAGAGGCUCUGCGGAGAUUCCGGUCUCGUAUUUUCUCUUUUGCACUGAACUCAAUGAUGUCCUGGAAGAGAAAUUACUUUUCUACGGGUAGAGGAGGCGUACACGAGAUGUUUACUCCACGAAAUUCCAUGUCCAUUGCUCCAAGCAAAGGUCUGAUUAAUGAACCCGGACAGAAUAGCUGUUUCCUAAACAGUGCACUGCAGGUUUUGUGGCACCUGGAUAUUUUCCGCCGAAGCUUCCGACAACUUACAACACAUAAAUGUAUGGGCGAUUCCUGCAUAUUCUGCGCACUUAAGGGAAUAUUCAAUCAGUUCCAGUGCAGCAGUGAGAAGGUGUUGCCGUCAGACGCUCUCCGUAGUGCACUUGCCAAGACGUUUCAAGAUGAGCAGCGUUUCCAGCUAGGUAUCAUGGACGAUGCCGCAGAAUGCUUCGAAAAUCUUCUAAUUCGCCUCCACAUCCACAUUGCGGAUGAGUCCAAGGAAGAUAUAUGCACUGCCCAGCACUGUAUUUCUCAUCAGAAGUUUGCGAUGACCCUGUUUGAACAGUGUGUUUGUACAAGCUGUGGUGCCACAUCGGACCCUCUGCCAUUUAUUCAGAUGGUGCAUUACAUUUCCACCACUGCCCUCUGUAACCAGGCCAUCUGUAUGUUGGAAAGAAGAGAAAAGCCUACCCCUGACAUGUUUGGGGAACUGCUCCAGAAAGCUAGUACUAUGGGAGACUUGCGAAACUGUCCGAGCAAUUGUGGUGAGAAAAUAAGAAUCCGCCGUGUGCUCAUGAACGCUCCUCAAAUCAUAACCAUAGGACUGGUGUGGGACUCUGAUCAUUCAGACUUGGCUGAAGAUGUCAUUCAUAGUCUUGGCACCUGUCUGAAGCUCGGUGAUUUGUUUUACAGGGUAACAGACGACAGAGCAAAACACUCUGAACUCUACCUGGUUGGAAUGAUUUGCUACUACGGGAAACAUUACUCCACAUUCUUCUUUCAAACAAAAAUACGCAAGUGGAUGUAUUUUGACGAUGCCCAUGUUAAAGAGAUUGGUCCAAAAUGGAAAGAUGUAGUUACAAAGUGUAUUAAAGGCCAUUACCAGCCAUUACUGCUUUUAUAUGCUGACCCCAGGGGUACUCCAGUAUCUGUUCCAGAUGUCCUGUCUCAGAUGGAUAUACGUCAGUACAGCAGAACCUGCUAUGACAGCGAAGACUCAGGGAGGGAACCUUCAAUUUCCAGUGAUACCAGGACAGAUUCUUCCACUGAUAGCUAUCAUUAUAAGCAUUCCCACCACGAGUCUGUGGUCAGUCACUUCUCCUCUGAUUCGCAAGGUACAGUGAUAUACAACCUGGAAAAUGAUGCAGCAUCACAAAGCAGCCGGGACACAGGGCACCUGACAGAUAGUGAAUGCAGCCAACGACACUUCUCGAGAAAAGGACCCAUAACGGACCGAAAGCGAACUUCUAGUAGACCCAGAAGGAAAGGAGAAGAAUCUCAGUCUUCUGGCUAUCACAGCGAAGGUGAAACAUUAAAGGAGAAGCAGGCUCCCAGAACAGGCCUUAAAUUGUCCAGCAGCUCAAGCAGGCUCAGAGACUUUAAAGCUACUGUUAGCAAUAUGAUACAUAGCAGACCAUCACAAGCAUCACAGACAUCACAAACCGUUCAUCAUGUAGGAAGUGGAAUGGAUCAGACAGAAAUCAAACCUCCAUCAAGCUUGACUGUGCGACCUCGGGACUGGGAGAUGGAAAGUGGCAACAAUGAAGCCAAGUCAAAUGUAUCCAAUAGGUAUCGUCCGAAUUGGCGUCCUACUCGUGAGCCAUUAAAUGUAGAUAGUGUCUUCAGAUCAGAAAAGAGGAAAAACACUGGAUACUGUCCGCUCAGUCCUUUCAAUGAAGAUUCAGCUAAAGAACUGACCGUUAAUGAUAUGCAUGAUCAUGCCAUGCAUGAUGCAAAAGAGACACAUCAGUGUGUGAAAUACAGGAGUUGGGGUGUGGGCCGGAGCAUUCCACAUCUUAUUGAGCACCAACAACCUCGCCUUAUUCAGAGGAUGGAGUCUGGCUACGAGAGUAGUGAAAGGAACAGCAAUAGCCCUAUUAGCAUGGACCUGCCUUUAUCAGAAAACUGUAGUGCUUUUCGGGAAUAUCAUUCAAGAAAAAGUCCUGCCGCGGCACCCACCUGGCGAAAUAUCCCCAAAUCCCAAAGCAGCAGUGCAUUGGAUAUGGCAGAUUCAGCCUCAAGUGUCUGGGUGAAGGUCCACCCUUCGCAUAUGGCAGGAGUAGAAGGCCCUGUGCCUUUAAAAACUGAGCUUGAUGAGUUACAAGAGGAAGUAGCAAGAAGAGCGCGAGAGCAGGAGUUACGUUGGAAACGUGAGAAAGAGAUUGAAGCAGCUAUGGGAUUUAACCCUCGGCCUAGGCGAUUUUUGGAUUUGGAUGAAUUACAAAAUCAGGGAAGGAAUGACAGCUUUGAGCGAUCCAUGCAAGAAGCAGAUUCAGUGUUUGAGCAGUCACUGAGGCUUGAACAGAAAGGAGAUUACUCUUCUGCUUUGGCCCUGUGUAACGAAGCUAUUUCUAAAUUCAGACUUGCCAUGCAUGAUGCCAGAUCUAGCACACACUGCAGAGCCCUAGCAAAUAAGAAGUUGCAAAUGUGUAUUCGAAACGCUCGGAGUCUUCAGGACCGCAUGCUGCAGCCGACAAUUCCACUACCACCGCCGUCAGUUUACCCCUUGCCACAGGGGGGAGCUUUAAGCCAAUCUACAAGUGACCAGGCUAUCUCGGACCAAGUUCCAAUGAACCCACAGGUACUGCUGGAUACAAACACAAAGGAGGACUUUGCAUCCGCUCCAUUAUUCCACUCGUUUGCUACUAGCCAUGAGUUGCUUCCAUUGUCCUCUGAGUCUUCCAAUUUAUCAGCUUCUGACCAUAGCUCAUAUAGCAAACCAUUUUCCAAACACCUUGCCCCAUCUACAGAUCCUGAUAUUCGUGGUACCGCCUCACCUCCUAAGCAUAACUUAGUUAACAAAGCAGUAAUAACAGAGGAUUUCACCCAAGGCCUCCAAAACGGUAUGCCAAAGACUGAGAGGACAAGUGAUGAGAACCCAGAUAAUGGCAGUAAGCUGAUCGAGGAACAUGAGCUUAAAGAUGGUUUUCUAUCACUACGUAAGGUGAAACGCAAUGGCAUUAAGUCUGGAUCUUUACCAUCCUUGCUAUUCCCCUGGGCACGGCGAACACAGGCUCAGUCUCCAGAUAUAAGCAACCCACCGAGCUAUUGUAACAAAUCUGUUAGUACUGAAGGCCAUACAACCACUGAUCAGACUGGUUCUUGUGUUUCAGUCCCUCCGUCAGGUUCCACCAAUUUCCACCUUCCCUCAGCCAGUGUGUUCUCAAGAGUCAACAGCCAUGGCAUUUUAUUGGAAAAACAAAUUGAAACUGGCAAUGCAGAACUUUGCAAGGCUGAGGCACCUAAGAGUAAGGGGUUAGUGCGGUCUCUAGCAGAACAAUUUCAGAAGUUGCAGGGGGGUUCACCAAAGAGAAACAGUUUAGGUGUGAAUUGUACUGGUGUUGACAAUCCAGAGCAGAAGCCUCCACUAGCACAAAUACAAGAAUCCAUGAAUACUUCACACACAGAGUCAAAUUCCCAGCCCGUAAUAGUUCCAGAAAACAAAGCCAACUGCACAGAACAAGUCUGCCAAGAUAAAUCUUUGACCAUAAAUGGUUCUAACACAAAUAUUCAUAACCAGAAUAUUGCUUUCUUCACAGGAGAAUUACCUGAAAAUAAUAUUAAUGAUAAUAUUAACAAAGUUAAUAGUUCAGUUAACCAUGGAAAAAUAUUGUACAAAGGGGAAAAAAAGGUAAAAUUUGGAAGCACUGUUCAUUUGCCAGUCUCUGGGCCUGUGGACCAAUGGGCAGAGAAUGUCAACAAGUAUUAUAGUGCCCAUGUGGAUGGCACAAAUCGCCCAGUUUUAUCGCCUCGGUCACAUCCAGUAAAGUAUGGCUUGUCAAAGAGCUCAUUAGAUUUGCGCCAGGAGUGGAAGGAGACAAAUCAAGAGACUUCAGAGCUGGACACCUUAUAUAACAGGAGUUUACAGGCUGCUCCCAAUAGGAUUGCGCAAUGGAGGUCUGAAAAUGAAAGACAGACACUUGGGAAGCCACUUCUUGACAACACAACAAGGAAGAUGCAGACUGCUGGUGGCAAAGGUCUAUCAAGGACACCCACAGCAGAUAUAGAGCGCAGUCUCUGUGGAACUACACAUUCACCUGUAUCUAAGGUCACUCACGUCAGCGACCAAACCAGGGAGUGUGAGGACGACGAGCUGUACAGUGCAGAUCGUUUCCGGCGCCUGGCCCGGAGCCUCAGUGGGACAGUCAUCACUAGCAGAGAAGACACUCUUGUCUCUUCUCAAAGUUUUGAGGCAUCCAAUGAGAGGAAAUCGCUUAUGGACAGCAGCCAUCGCUCUCACAGCUCCUCCUCCCACCCUUAUACCCACAAUCCUUCUGUCUUAUCCUAUGAACCCCAGCACUACCCAACCCAGCUGCAGCACCCAUCCCAUGAGGUUCUGGCGCCCAGCAUGGUGGGUGAGACACACAGACCACCAGGAGGUACCAACUUCAAAAAGCUUUUGGCUAUGCCUGACCGGGGUGAAAUUGUCAGAAGCAACAAAUAUUCAAACAUGGCACUGAGCUAUGCAACUCUGCCAAGGGCACCAAAGCUCAGUCCUGGUUUACACUCCAGUCCACCACAAAGGUCUGUCGACCACUGGCAAGACGCAGGAGCUGAAGAACAAAAUAUUCCAGGUUGUCUUCUAUGGUCUGGUCAGAUAUCUUCAUCUGAACAACACAUGGUGAAUUGUGGCUCCAUAGGCUCACCAGGCAGAAGAUCACAGGUUGGCCUCUCACAGCAGACAUCCGGGUUCAGAGGCUAUGAACCCUCUACAAUGAAUUGCAAGCCACAAACCACCACAGGGUACAAUACAUUUAGAAUGCCUCGUAGUUCUUCUAUGGGUAGAGGAGACACAUGGGAAAAUUCCUUCAUGCCUCAGCCUAGAAUACAAAGCCCAAAGAGGGUUGACAUGCCACCAGAGGAUGACUGGAGACAAAACAGUUUUGCACCCCAGUUAGGUGGUAGGAGACCUCGUCCAGUAUUUUCGCCCCAUAGGACCUUUUCAUCUGCUUCUGAUGUGUAUGGGACAUCAAACUGGAGAGGAGCCUUUGCCUUGCACAGAAAUGGUCAAUAACUUUUGUCAUUCAGCCAGCCAAUCAUGGAAGCAUCUUUCCUGGUUAGGUACUGCCAAAUUUGCAGUUUCCAUCAGAAUUCUAUGCUUUGUAAUGCAACUGAAUCUCUUCUAAAACAAAAUGAGUGCCAGUCUUCUUUUAACAUCUUUAUUCCUGUGGAGAGCCACCUAAUGUUAGUUUAUCCAGCAAGAAUUGAAAUCCAUGUACCCAAGUGGUCUAGGAAGGAUUUGCAAUGAACUUACACUGGGAUCAGUAUAUACGGUUUCAGAAAUGCUUGUCUAGGGAGCUUGCAACCACUUCAGGUCUGAAUUACUGACAGACAUUUCUUCCACACAAUACAUAUUAUGAGCAAUUGAUUUUUAUACAUUGUUAGCAUGGUGCUCGCCCAGCAAUAAUUGCUUAAAAGGAGAAUUUAAAAGCGUGCAAGAGGUUUCUAAGAUAAACCCAGUAAAAGAGAAAUAAACUACUUAGAUUUUCCGAAGCCAUUGCCUUCAGUCUUUCAGGCCCUGCUUCAGUUAGCAAUAGUCAUAUGUUGCAGUGGUGUUAGAUUAAACAUUGAGUUGUUUGGAGUUAUAUGUUGGUAACCUUGUUGGUGAAUUUAUGACCAAAGGACCUUAUCCGUUUUGCUAAUCCAUGCACUACAGUCCUACCGGACACAUAGUAUUCCUAGACCUCCCUUAACUCUUUUUGGAAUGUUUUUUGCUGCCACAAGGGCCUGGGAUCUCCUGCCAGGCAAAGGGGUUAAACUUGGCAGACCAUGCACAUCUGUAAUUGGCCUUCCAGAGACACCCAAUACAACAAACCAGCGUGUAGCUUGUUGGUCUGUGGACUGGAACCAUGGAUGGAUAGAGUUAAGCACAAAACUUGACUACUGUAAAGGUGGUGGGAAACAAGUGAGGGCAAUGCCACGGUUGUUAAGUAAGCCCUCCCCAACCUUAUCUUUCCCUCCAGUAAUUGUAGCAAUGCUCAUAACAGAAGACUGUUAUUUCUGCAUGCUUAAUCCCACUGAUGUUAACAUCUAGAGUAAAAUUAAAUAUUUUAGUGUCAAAACAUUUGCUUUUGUAAGUAUUUUUCAAAUAAAUAUAUGAAAUAGUUCUAUUACA